AUGCCAUCUUCUGCAGCCGGAACAACUACCGAUUUGUCGACAACGAAUACAACAUCAUUAAAACAGCUAAAAAACAGCAUGCAUCUCGAUUUCUCGUCUCCUACAUCAUCAAAAAAACAAGUAAUUAGUGCUGACCUGUUGGAUAUCAUCAAAGCAUCACCAACGAUAGGGAAAAUGUUUUCCCAAGGUACAGCUACGCCGACCCCAACGAAAUUAUUGUAUCCUUCUGAAGUUACAUUGGCACAGCGACAGUAUGCUCAAGGUUUUAUUGAUGCAUUGACACAGGUGCAACAGUUGAACGGAUUUGUGCCAUCACCAGCACUUCUCAAUUCCCCGAGUUUUCUGGCUCCUUUAUUUCAGUCAGUUGCCGCAUCAACUAGUAGCAACGACCAAACGAAAACGGUUACAAGCCCUGUGCUAACUAGUCCAAACAGGGAAUCGUUGUCAGUAAUAAUGCAGGCAGCUAUGAGUGGUAUGGGCUCGCUUGCGGGUUAUAGUUUUACCCAGUUAACUCCAACCCAACUUGCUACUCCUUAUGCUGUGGCAACGUCGUCUACGGCAGCAACAACAACAGCUUCUGUGCAUCAACAAUCGGUUGGUUCAUCAUCAACCACUACAGCUGUUGUGUAUCCUGAUGAUAUAGCCAUGAAAAAUGAAUUACCAGGUUGCAGUUCGGUAACAUCCCUGCAGUCGGAAAGUAUUAACGAUGCAUCAGCUUAUGAUGCUUAUACAACUAGUGAAAGCAAUCAUGAAAUGGAAGCAUGUACAUCAUCUAUACGUUCAAGUGCUAGUCCUAGAAGUCAAGAAGAACAUGUUUUCAUGGGUCCAUUCUCUGGUGAUAGUUAUGAUGCACUGGAACAGGAGAAGAAGAAGCUGGAAAGAAAGAGGGCACGUAACCGUCUGGCGGCAUCAAAAUGUAGACAGAAGAAACUGCAAAAAAUAAAUGAUCUCGAGAAACAGGUGGAGGAAGAGAAGCUUAGAGCGAGUCGUUUGAAUGAGGAUCUUAAACUUUUGGAGACAUCUAUUGCUCAGCUAAGGCAACUGCUUCAGGAACAUCAUAACAACGGCUGUCCUGUAUCUGCUAAACGAUUGCGGACAGUUUUGAAUGUUAAAUAUCUGAUUACCGUAUUUUUCGCUGUCACGAAUUCGAGGUUGAAAAGGUAUAUGUCUUCAUUCAGAUUGGUAACAAAAAGGAACUUCUCGAUUGUAAUUUAA